AGGGGAAGGGGUGGGAAGACCAGAAUCCAGUGUGCUGUGAAUGUGUUGGAGGAAAACUACACUGACUACCUCAACCUGUUAAACGAGCGAGUCAAUGAAUCCCCCCAGUGUGUAGUAAUGUGAUGUGAUGUGUUCUCUGUGUGCUAAGACACGCCACGAAUUCAAUGACAACAGUGUGGUGAUUUUUUUCUCCUUGCUGAGCCUAUUUUAUGCGUUGUUGUUAUCAGUGUAAUAAUUGUAGGAUUUUAUAUAUAGAAUCAUAAAAUAUAUAUGUAUCUAAAUCUUAUAAUAAAUCUACUAGUUUACGGUUAUAAUUGAUAAACAGUGUUAGUUCUUUCACUGCAAGAGUUCUCUAUUGAUUACACACAUGUGUUCCCAGAUGGUUUUCUUCACAAUGAGGCUAUCAAACUAAACCCUGAUUAACCCACUUCUGGUCGUUAAUGCCAAACAUGAGCAAUGACGUCAUCACUCGCCAAGAUGAAGAAAAGGUCCGCACAAAGCUAUUACACAAAACAGAAGAGUCGGAAUAUCACGUGGCGUGCACGAGAAAAGGACCUCCUUGGUGGCGCUCUCAGCGCUAUAUUCUGGCCUACAUCCUGUGCUGGUGUCAAAUGAACAUCUUCUGCCAAAGGAUCAACCUGAGCGUGGCUAUCGUCUGCAUGGUCAACCACACCGCGGUCAGCGUGGGCCGCCACACUGCCUUUAACCAGACGUCUCCAUCUUCUGGGCUAAACCAUUCCGACUUUACUUCUGAUGGGGCGAAGAAUCUGAGCACACAAACUCAACUGUUAUCGCCCCUGUCUGGACAGCUGAGCGAUCUAGGUCUAGUGCACGGUCGCAGUACUGUUGCAGACACUCAAGAAACGUGUGGUAGUGCUUAUAGUGAACAGAUACACUUCCAGGAGGAUGGUACAUUUGUUUGGGACAAGGAGACUCAGGGAGUUCUCCUUGGUGCUAUUUACUGGUCAUACCUGACCGUACAGAUUCCAGGCAAUGUGCUGGUCAGAAAUGUCAAGAAGAAGACUAUCAUCUUGGUCUCGCUAACUUUAAUGACAUCUUGCACCAUUCUGGUCCAUGGUGCAGCAUUGUUAAGCCAAUGGGUAGUCUUCUGCCUGAGACUUAUACAAGGAGGAUGUACUGCUCUGGCUAUGAUAGCUUUGUAUGGCAUUUGGUCUAAAUGGGCACCUCCUGUUGAACGGACUGGCCUGCUCACUGUAGGACUUUCUGGUCAGAUGCUGGGCAAUAUCAUGGCAUUUCCUGUGUCUGCCUUGUUAUGCAAGUACGGCUUCCUAGGAGGGUGGCCCUCUGUUUUCUAUGUCUUUGGACUUAUCGGCUUGGUGUGGUUGGUCUUCUUUUGCUUGUUCACUGAGGAUUCGCCUGAGCACCAUAAAUACAUCACACCAGAGGAAAGAAGCUACAUCAUGGGCUCAUUGAAAGAAACCGAGGUUCACAAGCAUAAAGCUAAAGCUCCAUGGCUUUCUAUUAUAAAGUCUCCUCCAUUUUGGGGAAUCGUCUCCGCCCAUGUCAGCUACACCUGGGGCCUUUUCCUGUUUCUUUCAACACUGCCCCAAUACAUGUUUGAAGUUCUGAAGUUUGAUAUAGCAUCUAAUGGUAUUUUCUCCAUGUUGCCCUACAUUGCUCUGUUUGUCACAACUCUCUCGUCAGGUCAAAUAAGUGACCUACUUAUUAAAAAGCAAAUCAUGAGAGUCUUACUGGUGCGCAAGUUGUGUAUCAUCACAUCAAACUGUAUACCUGCUGUAGCAUUAGUCUGUUUAAGCUUUUUGGACUGUCACCAGCCUGAACUAGCCAUUGUCCUGCUAGUCCUAAGUGUUGGUGCUACAGGUUUUGGUUUGUCUGGUUUUGUCACAAAUCCAUUUGACAUAGCUCCACGCUUUGCUGCAGAGAUUAUGACCAUCAGCAACACACUGGCUACCAUUCCAGGGAUAAUCACUCCCAUUGUUGUGGCCACAGUCACCAAAAAUCAAACAAGAGAAGAGUGGCAGAUAGUCCUGUUUCUGACCUCAGCUAUAUAUGUCCUAGGGACAGCAGGAUUUUGUAUUCUGGCCUCUGCAGAUGUCCAGCCAUGGGCAGCGUUAGUCCAAGACAAUGGUCAAUAUAGUAUAGACAUUCCAAUAUCUCCGGUGGAACAAAACAAUGAAAAUAAUGUUGAAAAUAUAAAAGAAAAUAAAGUUGAAAUGAUUUAAAAUGUAA